CCUAGGACCCUGCAUUCAAUACAUCUGGUCUUCCAUAGUACACAGAACAUGGAAAUGCAAUUAUGUUAGCAACUAUAACUGCUAACUACAUUUUCUCAUCAGCAGACCCUGUAUUCACUAUAUCUGGUCUCCCACAGUACACAGAACAUGGAAAUGCAAUUAUUUUAGUAAAUAUAAACGGCAAAAUACCUUUUCUCAUCAGCAGUUAGAGCAGACUUGUGACUUCUAUCAGUGUCCAGCAGAGCACUGGUUAAAUCUUGUAGGAGGAGUUUUCAUUGUCCCCU